UUGCCUGGUUGUUUUCCAGUCAGGCCUUGCAACUAGCAGGGGUUCCGGGCAGCCUACAGAGAUGGUGGAAGGGCCAGGAUGUACACUGAAUGGAGAGAAGAUUCGGGCACGAGUGCUACCGGGACAGGCGAUGACUGGUGUGCGGGGAACAGCUCUGCAGGGCCUCUUGGGCUCUGCCUUGUCCCCCGCAGCCUCCCCGGCUGAGGUCACUAGCUCGGCUGCUCCAAUGAAUGCUAAAGAUUCUGGCUGGAAAGUCUUGAGACUGUUUAAUGGAUGUGUUUACAGUGGUGUGGAAACCUUGGGGAAGGAGCUGUUUAUGUACUUUGGCCCAAGAGCUUUACGGAUUCAUUUUGGAAUGAAAGGCUCCAUCUUGAUUAACCCGCCUAAGUGUGAAAAUAGAGGUGGAGUUUCUCCAGCUUUUGAAGUGCAGCUCACCAAUGACUUGAUCUGUUUCUUUGACUCUUCAGUAAAACUCAGAAAUUCAGUGGAAAGCCAACAAAGAGUCAGAAUGAUGGAAGGAUUGGAUGUAUGCUCACCAAAGUUCAGUCUCUCAAGAGCAGAAAGUGAAGUUAAGAAGCAGAGAGAUCGGAUGCUGUGUGAUGUGUUACUGGAUCAGAGGGUGUUGCCUGGUGUAGGGAACAUCAUCAAAAAUGAAGCUCUCUUUGACAGUGGACUCCAUCCGACUGUUAAGGUGUGUCAACUAUCAGACAAACAGGCCCAUCACCUUGUGAAGAUGACCCGGGAUUUCAGCAUUCUCUUCUACAGGUGCCAUAAAGCAGGAUCUGCCAUUUCUAAACACUAUAAGGUUUAUAAGCGUCUUAACUGUGCACAGUGCCACUGCAAAAUUACAGUGUGUCGCUUAGGGGAGAACAGCAGGAUGACGUAUUUCUGUCCUCACUGUCAGAAAGAAAACCCCCAACAUGUUCAAAUAUGCAAACUGCCAACAAGAAAUGCUGAAAUCAGCUGGACUCCUAGAGGAGAGGAUUGCUUUCCCGACUCAGUAGCUCGGAAGUCUGAAGAGCAGUGGUCCUGCGUGGUUUGCACCCUCAUAAACAAACCCUCGGCUACGGCCUGUGAUGCUUGCCUGACGACAAGGCCUGUGGAUUCAGUGCUCAAGAAUGAAGAGAAUUCCAUUGCCUUUAGCAACUUAGUGAAGUACCCUUUUAAUAACUUUGAGAACACACAUACUGAAAUAAAGAUCAACAGGAAAACUGUGUUUGGAAAUACAACCCUUGUUUUGACUGAUUUGAGCAAUAAAUCUAGUGCUUUGGCCAGAAAAAGCAGCCCAAGCCAGACAAUAGAUGGGGAAUCUCAAAUUUUUCUUCCUACAGACAUACGUUUCAGUGAUCCACAGCACAUCUCCAAAGAAGGAGUAAACUAUAUAACUCAACCAUCCAACAAGGUAAACAUGUCGUCCACAGUUGGUGCCCAGUCUAAAUUAUUUACUUCAGCACAUAAAAAAUUGAAAACAGCUCACUCUUUGGCAACAGAACUUAAAAGUUACAACUUUGGACUUUCUAACAGUGAACUCCAAACCAAUAUAAGAAGUGAUCCUUGUUCUCUACGUGCCAGCAGGCCUCAGUGCAAGAUGCACAGCCGGCCCUGUGUUCUCCGAGUUGUGAGGAAGGAUGGAGAAAACAAAGGAAGGCAGUUUUAUGCAUGUUCUCUGCCCAGAGGAGCACAGUGCGGAUUUUUUGAAUGGGCAGACCUGUCCUUCCCGUUCUGUGGACAUGGCAAGCGCUCCAUUAUGAAAACUGUGUUGAAGAUUGGACCUAAUAAUGGGAAGAAUUUUUUUGUAUGUCCUUUGGAGAAAGAAAAGCAGUGUAAUUUUUUCCAGUGGGCAGAAAGUGGACCAGAAAUGGAAAUUAUUCCAGGAUGCUAAUAUUUUUCUCUUUUUAAAGAAUGACUGCCAUAUAAACUCAUCAACCUCACAAUGUCAGUCCCCUUUGUUUAAUAGAAAGCUCAUAGAAUACCUGUGGAACAUAUAGUAGUAUUUGAGAUGUACUCUUUGUUUAAAUAUGUGACCUUCACUUUUUUUGUUGUAAUAGUGAACACACUAUUUCACCAGAGGCACAGUUCCAUAAAAUGCAUAUUUAACAUAUUUAGUAAUGAUAUCAAUAAAGUAUUCAAUACGA